GGGGCAGCAUCAAGCUGCGCAGCCUGUCAAACUAGUAUUCUGUUUGAUCUGGGCAGUCGAUUCAUUUCCAACCUGCACUCGAGCUUUUUGUGUUGUUCGACGCAUCAGCGUAGCGGGAAGGCGUGAUCGGUCUGUGAGACGAACAACACGAAGACUUUCAGCGUGUAAACAGACCCGCCUUCGUACGAAAAUAACCGCGGCGAACUGAACAGGAAACGUGCGCGCUUCACCUUCUGCUGCUCACCGAUGCACGAAUUUACAACAGGUUCCCCAAAUCCACAUCCGCGCUGCAAUUCAUCGUCCGCGUCUCUCCCGCUUCGUUUGAACCCAGAGGAGUAGUUAGGGGGAAAUUUAGACAGAUGACCUCCUUUUACGACGAAAAAGAUUUGGUGGAAGAGCUCAGUCGAGUCAGCUGCCCUGACGAGGAUUUACAGUUUGAGUACCUGUUUGAAUAUGAGCCGCCGUGCAGUGACUUUGCAGGGGGGGACCAAGAUGACUCCAGCCUUGUGCCCCCAAAAGUCCUCAGUCCUGAAUCUGAGCAGGCUUUCCCCCUGGGGGAGACCUCUCCAUACGGCAUCAAGUCCUGCAGCCCCUCCUACAGUGAGCACACUGAGGUUCUCUCAGGAUAUGAGAACCAGGAGGCCAGAAACUACCUGGACAGUACUCGGUCUGCUGCCCUGAGCCCUCGAAUUGAAAUCACCCCCUCACGUGAGCACUACAAUCAUGGUCGGGACUCUCUGCAGAACCACCAUCUGAACAUUAGCCCCAGACCCACCCUUACUGUGCCAGGCCAUGAAAACCUCGCCUACCGUGAGCCCCAGUGCCUGAGUCCUGCCAGCAGCAACUCCUCCACCAGCUGGCACUCAGAAAACUAUUCCCCCUGGGCGUCGCCUUGCGUGUCCCCGAGCAGUGCACAGAACCCUGGAGACCUGUGCCCACGAUUACAGAACAUCCACACUGGCUCCCCACGCACCUCCCCGGGCACCUCUCCUCGCACCAGCCUAGGUGAGGACGGCGUAGGACCCCGCUCUCCUUCCCCAAGGCCUGGCUCUCGCUCCACCUCCCCGCAGGGAAAACGCACCUACGACAUGUACAGAAAUCCAGGAUUAAUCCCUGGGCACCGCUCCCGCAGUCCUUCCCCCAGUAGCGGCCACGAAGAUCACAACAUAGGCGCCCACUAUACACAUAGCAGCCUUACUGAUGCCAUGAAUGGUUUUGGCGCCAGCCAGCCAAGCCUGGUGCCCACUAAAAUAGUCAAGACAUCCAACCAGGUUUACACUCUGUACCCAGAGAACCACGGAGAUGGGAACUACAUGGUGUCCUGUGAGCAGGACAUAAAAGCCAAACCUGCUGCAGAGCCUUUCUUUGUUAUUCCUUCAAUCUGGCCCAAGCCUCUGGUUUCUGGCCUCUGCAGCAUCCCUGUGGCUUCUCUGCCCCCACUGGAAUGGCCUGUUCCUAGCCGCACCGACCAGUAUGAGCUCCACAUUGAGGUGCAGCCCAAACCACAUCACAGAGCUCACUAUGAAACAGAGGGAAGCAGGGGUGCAGUCAAAGCCCCCACGGGAGGACAUCCUGUUGUGCAGUUACAUGGCUACAGAGGCAAGGAGCCACUUGGCCUACAGAUUUUCAUCGGUACAGCUGACGAGCGCAUCCUCAAGCCGCACGCCUUUUAUCAAGUCCACCGCAUCACUGGCAAAACAGUUACGACCACCAGCUUUGAGAAGAUCAUCAACGGCACUAAAAUCCUGGAGAUCCCACUAGAGCCUAAGAACAACAUGAAAGCAAUAAUCGACUGCGCUGGGAUCCUGAAGCUCAGGAACGCCGAUAUCGAGCUGAGGAAGGGCGAGACAGACGUCGGUCGGAAAAACACCCGAGUUCGACUUGUGUUUCGUGUGCACAUACCUCAGCCUGGAGGACAGCAUGUCUCUCUCCAGGUGGCCUCGCAUCCCAUCGAGUGCUCUCAGCGUUCAGCACACGAGCUUCCCAUGGUGGAGAAGCAGGACAUGGACAGCUGCUCUGUUCUGGGUGGCCAGCAGAUGAUCCUGACUGGGCAGAACUUCAGCUCCGAUUCCAAGGUCAUUUUUAUGGAGAAAACACAGGAUGGGCAGCAAAUCUGGGAAACAGAAGCAACGGUGGAUAAAGACAAAAGCCAACCUAGCAUGCUGUUUGUGGAGGUGCCGCCCUACCGUGAAACAUCUGUCUGCCAUCCUGCUAAAGUAAACUUCUACGUCAUCAAUGGCAAGAGAAAGCGCAGCCAGCCUCAGCAUUUCACCUACACACCACUGGCAUGUAAGAAUGCUGCUCAGCCUCUUUUUGCUCCAUCUAUUAAGACAGAGCCCAUAGAUGAGUAUGAAGCAGAGCACAUGGGCUUUGCUAUGCCUCAAAUCUUGAGCAUGUCCUCUCAUUCCUACUACCAUAACCCACGUGGCAUCCUCCACCCAGACAACGGUCUGGUCUCUGGCAUGGCUUCUUGCCAGCGCCUCAGUUCCAGCCUUCCAAACCAAGAUGCACGUUUCCAGCAGCAGAGCCCAGCCAUCGUGUACUCACGUGGGGGCAAGAGUCUGAGUGGCAGCCCUGCUAUGUGGCAAGCUGGAGGGAUGAUGCCUGACCCCCACCGCUCGGUCCUGGUCCACACAGGCUCUCCAGCUCAGUCUGUAGGGCCCAUCAAUGCAGGUCAACACCCUUCUAUCAUCCAGUUCUCUCCCACCAACCACCACCUGAUUCGAGCAGGAGACCCUCAACCCCUAACUGGGCCUCAGUCUGACAACCAGCAGAUCAUAUACUGUGAUGGCUAUUCCCCACAGGCAGCUGCCACCCACUCACCCACACCUACCCAGGUAUCAGUGACCCACCCGCAGCACUACCCCACCGUGAUUCAGCAGCAGAAAGGCAGAACUCCAGCUGGGACGGGGCAGGUGGAUGCUUCAGGAGAUGGACAGAGACGGGUGACGGUCAAGGAAGAGAAUUUGGACCAGGCCUACCUAGAUGAUGAAAAUGACAGACAGGCAACAGAGCUGCGACCUGUGAAUGAAAUCAUAAGAAAGGAUCUGACGGGUGUUCAGACCAGGGGGCAGACAUAGAGGAGGGGUCCUGGCAGGAAAUGACAACAUACACCCUUAAACAGACUGACACCUUCCAUCGAGGUGACGCACUUCCGCUACCAGUCAGACAUUCUCUUCCUUAUUUUCUUUACCCAUGGUGAUAGAAAUAUCAGCCCCUGGCUGCUGUGUUUGUUUUGGAUGUAUUCCUGCAAUAAACAUUUGGCAAACAGAUGAAUUCAUUUGACCCAUAACGUCUGCCACCAACACCCAGCAGGUUUCCAACAAACAACACCGCUGAGGAAAAGCAGGAAAAAUGGCUCCCAUCGUUCAUUGUUUUUCCAGGUGGAAACUCAGUUUUUUUUAAACCAAAGAGAAUAAAAGAUAAAAAAGGUGAAAUCACACAAAGUCCACAGAAUAGCAUAGCCAUACUGUUCAGACAAUAAAGCCACACCUGUUUGCCUUAUCGCAUUGAAUGAUGACAUUAGCAGGUUAAUGUCACAACAGAAAUUCAUCCCACAUACUGUUUAGAUUUUUUUUUUUUUUUUACCAGAACCUUGUUGUUUUUCCAUCCUUCUUGCACACAGUGUGUAUUUUGUCUCUCUGUAUUUUUGUAUGUAUUUUUUACAUGUAAAGAUUGACCAAAGCUUACAUGUUGAUCAUCUCAUUUUAAGUGCAGUUUUCUAAUUGAAGUGAAGCGCACACUGCUGCCUAUAAGCAUGUAUAAAUGAACUGUUGUGACAUCUCCUAAUAUGCACUGUUUUCCAGAAUGAGAUUUCAUGUUAUUACUUUUUAUAUAUUAUUUGUGAAUAACGCACCAUUUUAUAUUCAUAUAAUAUAUAUAUAUAUAUUCAAUGAGGUGCCAGCAUAGCUUUAUUUGGGACAUGUGCUACAGUGAUAGCAUGGUUCUAUAUUUUUAAAUGGCUUUCUUGCACAAUAAUUGAGUUGCAUUGAAAAUCAGCCAAAAAUCUAUUUUAGGUCUCACACAAACUGGAGUGAGAUAAUUUGAUUUAUUUUUAUAUUUUGUCCUUGUAAUGACAACACAGGGACAAAAUAUCCAAAGCCUAAACUGUUUGUUUUGUGAAUAGCUGCAUUUUGAAUUUAUCCAUAAUGGCAAUCGUUAUGCUAAGAGCCAAAUGCCUAUCUAUUCAGAGCUAUUUUGCUUGCAGAUGCAAUGAGCGUAGAAAUAAUUUUCUGUAACUGCACAAAAUGGUUAUACAGUCAGGAUUACUGAUGUGCUAAUAUAGCUAGCCUUAAAUAGAAAAGCAUUAGUUUAAAAAUAUUUCUGUAAUAGUACAUUGCACAGAGUGAAUUGGAGUACAUUACGUACCAAGUGCCAGUUAUGUAAUUGUAAAGGAAAAAAAAAUGUAUAAAGCAGUAAAAACAUGUUAAAGUAAAAUAAAAAAAAAAGGGUUAGCAUUUGAUAUGGACCUAUUUGAUACAAAAUAAGAUUAUAUUUUAUAAUACUAGUAAAGCUAAUAUUGAUCUUUUAAGAAUAUUUCUCAUUGAGCCAGUGCAGUACAAGUGCAUUUGACAUUUCUUGAAUGUAUGAAAUACCUUCUUUUCCCCUUUUUGUGUAAAUAUUAAAUAAAAAGCGUUACGAGAAGUAAUUUGUUGUCAUAUUAAUUUCGCUGUCUUUUCUGUAGAAUAUGCAUCUCUAUAUAUGUUUUCUUUGUUUUAAUACCAUGUAUCUGUAAUCUGGAGGGAUUUACAAUAACCUUACCCAUAAUAGUUUAUAUUUUUGUUUGUGUUAUUAUUUCGCUUUCUAUGGUAAUGGAAAUGUUAUUAAUACUAUCUUGUUCAAUUUUCUGUGUUCAUAGUUGUCAUGAAUCUGUUUCAGUUCGAGCCUUUGUGCCUCUUAAAAAAAGAAGAAAAAAAAAAGAAAACUCUAUUCAUGCUAUUUUUGUAUCCCCGAAAGAAGCAAUAAAUAA